AUGUUAAAUACAAUCGUAUGGUGUCGAUUUUAUUCGAUAUUAAUUAUGUUUAUUACGUACCGUGAAAUCAUUGCUGCGCUAUCGACAAGUCCCAGUGAGAACAUUGGUUCACAUAAAAUUGAAGGACAAAUUCUUUUCCAACCUAAUGAUAAAGCUCUUGAUGAUAUGCGUAUACUGGUUAACGAAGGUGAAUAUAUAGGUAUCCCUCGAGUUGAUGGAACUUUUGUCAUAUCUGGUAUACCGAGUGGCUCAUAUGUUGUUUCGAUUAGUUCACCACGACACGUUUUCGAGCCAGUACGUGUUGAUAUAAAUACUAAUGGAAAAAUUCGUGCACGUAAAGUUAACUUUGUUCAACCAAAUGAAGUUGUUGUAGUAAAAUAUCCGCUUCGUUUCAAUGCAUAUGUCAAGCCGAAUUAUUUUAAAACACGUGAAGUCUACCGUUGGACUGAUAUUAUUUUCAACCCAACGUUUGCUCCAAUAAUCUUACUAACGGUUUUAUUUCUUUUUGUACCCAAAUUUCUCCCACAAGAAACAGAGAUGCGACAGAUGUUUCCAGGAACAAAUGAUAUUAUGCAACCAAAUAUGAAUAUACCCGAUAUUGCCGCUCUGUUUGCUCAAUGGUUCGGUGGACCCAGACGAAUACGACAAACAAGUCAACAGUCGAUUUCCGACGAUAAAACAGAUUCUGAUGACAUACGACGACAGAAAAAAAACAAAAAAGCAUUAAAGGGAAAGAACUGA